AUGCAGGUGCAUUCUGAUGACUUCAUUACCGAUUAUUCGAGCAAUCUUGGUGACCAGGGGCAACUACUGAACGAGCCGAAAUUCGCGAUUGUCUUAGUCGCUUUCGCUUAUCCGAAUGAAGCUGCACGCCUCUUCGGAUUUGUGGUCCCGCCCAUACGUUCUGUGGACACUGAUCACUUCUUGGACGUUGGUCAGUUUUUGUUUGUAGCGCUGUGGGAUGAGGUUGCGACUUUCAGUAUUCAUAGCUGUGGCAUUUUUGCUAGCCGUUACUUAUUCCAUAUGUUCAUCCGCCGGCAUAUUGGUAAAUUGGCAGAAUUUGACCUCGCACAUCGAUAUCUGCUUUUGGGUAGGGUGGAUUUGACCUCACAUCUGGAUGCCUGUAUAUUUCCUCACCUUUUCUCUUCUGUUCCUGAUGUGUUAUUUAUCCACCGUAUUGUCGUUUGCAUUGCAUUCCUGGAUAUCGAUGAUCGCAGUAGAUGCCAGGAUUCAACGAAGCAACUUGUCAUUUUUUGUAUGAGCUGA